UCAACUUUUUCACUGUACGAGAAACCACGAAAAUUUUCAUCGUGCAAAUAUACAUUCGAUAAUAAUUCCGUGUGAUUCGUUUAUAAAUUGUUGAAAAAUAUUUCUUGUCAGACAAUAAAUUCAUUCGAAAGCGAAAAGAACGUCAAAAUCUUGUGAAUUUAUCGGUUUGACAUUAUUUUCUUAAAAGAUUUUUCGUGCUGGCAACAAUAGAACAACGAACGAAAUCAUUUUAUUAGUGCACUUGAUCUUAUUUUCUUUUCGUUGUCAACUUUAAUUGAGCUCAAUUGUUGUAGAAAAUCACAAAAAAAAUAGUCGAAUAAAUAUUUUAGUGAAUCGGAUGUGAAUUUGUUUUGUCGAAGAAAGGAAAAAAAUUGGAAAUUGUCACCAUUUGGACCUGAGAUUGAGACGAUUUGUUAAUUGUUUGAAAUUGCGGACUCUCGACGCUGCUCUGUUGGAUAGUAUAAAGUGCAUUUAAUCGGUGAAAAAAAUGGAUCCAUUGCCUGUAACAUUAAUUGUCAAAGCGCCCAAUCAAGAGUUUCAAGACCAGACAAUAAAAUGCGAACCAACCUGGUCGAUUCGAAAACUCAAAGGCUAUCUAUCUGAAGUAUACCCAUGUAAUCCGACAUUGGACGAACAGAAGCUAAUUUACUCGGGCCAGUUGCUGAACGAUGCGCAUAUUUUAAAAGAUGUUCUACGACAAUAUGAGGGUCAAGAAACGCAUACAGUCCAUUUAGUAUAUACACCAAAAAAUCGAUCGUUGGCAUCAACGACAUCAGCCAAAUCAUCACAAUCGACUCGAAAAGAUGCGACCGAUAGCAAUCAACAAUCGAGACAACAGUCAUCACAACAAAGUCAACAACCAGAGACGACAUUCGGCUCGGACGGUUUAAGACAUCGAAAUGCUGGUGCUGCAAAUGCAAACCAAACACCAACUACAUCACCGCCACCAUUUAUGACCGGUUAUUUGAAUAUGCCACAGCCAUUCAUGCCAGGAAUGUCAUUUGCCCAAUCGAAUGCCAAUCAACCACAGUACACAGCCGAACAGUAUGCCCAGCAGUAUGCAAUAGCACAACAAUUGGCUAUGCAAAAUAUGAUGAAUCAAAUGUAUUUGCAGUACAUGAAUCAAUAUGCAAAUUCGAUGCAACAACAAAGCAAUGCCACAUCAAAUGUUCCAUAUUUCCCGAACUAUUUUCCACAGCCGAAUUUCGGUAUGCCACAACAAUUUGCAGCGGCAACCAAUAUGAGUUCAUCGUCGACUACAAACAGCGAACCGCAAGCUUCUCAACAGCAGCAACAACAACAACAGCAGCAGGAACAACAACCAGAAGCCGUACAGGUUCCAAGAUUUCAAGCGGCCGCUGCUGUUGCUGUUGAUGACGAAGCCGAAAAUCGUGAUUGGCUAGAAAUUUUGUACACAAUCAGUCGAUUACUUGUUUUAAUGUCGCUCGUUUACUUCUACUCGUCGCCCGGAAGAUGUUCAAUUGUGAUAAUUGCUAUUCUUUUAUAUUAUUUUUAUAAAAACUACCUAAGAAAUCUGCGGGAAGGCCAAGCGGAACGUUUGCCGGAAGUGGCUCAGGAGCCAGAAGUAAUUGAGCCAGCACCAGCCGAAAAUGCCGAACCACAAAAUGGGAAUGACGGUGAAACUAACCAAAGAGAAGGAGAAUCGACACCACUGAUCAAUCAGGAAACUGAAACUACGACUACAACACCAUCGACACCCAGUGCUGAACAAGACGAAAAUAAUCGAUUGCCAACAUUAACGCUUCUUCGUACAUUCAUUUCGUCAUUCUUUUCAUCAUUGAUACCCGAAACACCAGCGGUUUAAUGGCCCUUUUGGAUCUAUAAAUAUAUGUAUACACUAUAUUCACUCGACGAAAAACACAUUUUGAAAAACAACAACAACAACAAAAAAGAUUAAAGUUAAAGAUAUUAUUAAUAAUGUUCAAUAGAAAAUCGAAGCGAGAUACAUUGACAUCUCUUCAAUUGAAUUUGACAAAAAAUUAUAAGAUUUUUGCAUCAUAGAGAAAUCGCAUCGCCCGCUUAUCGAUGAAACAACGGCAAAUUUAUGCAAAUUGAUAGGAAAAAACAUGAAUUUAAAUUAAAUCCGUAGCAUAAAAUUGUUUAGUGAAUUUCCACAACACAAUAUGGCGCUUUGAAGCAGACAGUGAACGCGUCAAUGCAUUAAUAAUGAAAAACAAACAGCACUUAAUAUUAACUCCAAAUAAUUAUUAUUUACAGCAAAAUAAAAUACACAUCAUUUAGAUGAGAAUUUUCAAUUUUGUUUGUUCAUGAAUCAAUUUCAAUGAAUCAUGUGGUGCCACAGAAAAAUGAGACAGAUUUGAGGUGUCAACAGACUUUAUUAGUUUAUAUUAUUAUUUGCAAUUAUACUAAAUGCAACCGUUUAGAAACUAAUGAAAUGUUUUGAGAUGAAUAAAUUCAACUAAAUCUACAAA